AUGGCACAGCAGCAAUCGGAAAGCAAUAAUUUGAAAAAGAUCUUCAAUAAAUUAAGUGGACAACCUAGCUCGUACUCCCGUAAAUCAUUAUAUACGUUUGGAAAAACAUUAGGGGCUGGAUCUUUUGGAAUUGUAAGAUAUGCAAGGAACAACGAAACGAACGAAGAAGUUGCAGUGAAGAUUAUUUUAAAGAAAGCUUUAAAGGGUAAAGUGGAAACAAUCACUGAUGAGCUCAACUUAUUGCAGGAGUUACUGCAUCCCAAUAUAGUUGGAUUUAGAGAUUGGUUUGAAUCAAAGGAUAAAUUUUAUAUAGUGACCCAAUUGGCUACCGGAGGAGAGUUAUUUGAUCGUAUUAUCGAGAAGGGUAGAUUUACUGAGUUCGAUGCGUCUUUGGUGAUCGUUGCGAUGUUAGAGGCAAUUAAGUAUUUACAUAAUAAGAACAUUGUCCACAGAGACUUAAAGCCGGAAAACAUAUUAUACUUGACGCCAGCAGAUAAUUCGAACGUCGUAUUGGCUGAUUUUGGUAUUGCUAAGAGAUUAGAGAGUCCUGACGAGAAGCUAACGUCUUCAGCGGGUUCAUUUGGGUAUGCGGCCCCUGAGGUCAUUUUGGGCACUGGACAUGGGAAACCCUGUGAUAUCUGGUCUUUAGGUGUAAUUACAUACACAUUAUUAUGUGGAUAUUCACCAUUUCGCUCAGAGAAUGUUAGUGAUUUCAUUGAGGAAGUCAAGCAUAAUAAUGCAGUUAUAUUCCAUGCGGAUUAUUGGAAAGAUGUUUCAAAAGAUGCUCGUCGUUUUAUCAUUAAAGCUUUACAAUUUGAUCCAAAUAACAGACCCGAUGCGGAAACAUUAUUAAACGACAAGUGGUUGGUCUCUAUUGCUUCGGAACAUAAGGAAUUAGACUUGUUACCUAACUUGAAGGAGAACUUCAACGCAAAGCAAAAGUUUAAGCAAGCAAUUGAAAUGGUCAAGUUAAACAACAAGAUCAAGAAGUUGAAAGAGCUACAAGGUGAUGAUGAUGAUGAUCCAAAUGAAAUCAACUUAUUUGGAGAUGAAGGUGCAUUGAUCUCAAGCGAUGUAUCGUCCAAACAAGGUGCUGGAUCUGAAGGAGGUUUAGGCUCUUGGAAGGCUUUAAGCAGUGCCCUAAAUUCAAUAGAUGACCGUAGCUCAGCUGCUUCUGUAUCAUCCACUAGUGCACCCAAGAAGAAAUCAGACUUAGCUAGUGACGCAUUUGUGCAAUUGGUACAUGCAGCCACCAAUAAUAAAGAAAGAGUAGCAAAUUAUAAGGAAGGAGACAAUUCCUCUGCUAAUUAG